GGUGUGGACGCGACAACACGGCGCUCGGCUCCCCGCUAUCCUACGCGCCCCAGCACAAGCAAAUCAACCGUUCCUCCCUGCAACUGAAACUCGUCCUCGAGUCGCCCUCCGGCCUGAGCGGACAGAAGCGCUAUGAGGCAGGAAUUCGGCCGGGGAGACCUCGCUUGUUAGUGCGAGCGGAGGCAGAGGCCGAGCUGCUCCUCCGAGGCGGGCGAGGCGACAAACGGUCCGACGCGGCGCUAACAUGGUGCCCGGGCGUGUGCUGGGCUGCCUGGUGUGCCUGCAGGGUCGGCGGGCGCGACGAAGUCUGCGGGAUCCAUGCCACUCGGGGAUCGCUCUCUUGUAAAAGCGGCGGAGGAAAUCAUUCAAUAGGUCGAAAUUGUUUUCUCUUGAAAGCGUGUGUAACGUGAAAAAUCCCAUUUCGAAGUCUACCUUCGCGGUUAAGAGUCACAGAAAGGGCGAAAAGUAUGAAUCCACUAACCUUCGAAAUUUCUAAAGACAAAUUAAGAUAAAUCAGCAGAUAGAAAGACGAAGUGAACGUCCUUAGCAUUAACUCACUUUAACCCAAAACUGUGCGAGACAAGCGGUGUCUGAUUCCCCUGGUAGCGUCCACGGCAACCACACGACCGCCUCCUUCAGUCGCCGCGGAGACCACAGCUGUCAUCUAUCACCGGCCGCCAACGACCUUCUCAUCAGCCGUGUCACAGCAGCCCAUCAGAAUGCGCGGGGUCCGUGCCACGGCCUACGUGGCUCUGCUGGUCGUCUCUGCGGCCCUGCAGCCCGUCACGGCAACAUGGUGGUUGCUGGGCCUUAACAGCGCUCAGAUCCAGAGCUCUGCCGAGUUAGCUCCUCGUCACUACAGGGAGGAAUGUAACAACCUUACCUAUUUAGUGGCCAAACAGAAGCAACUCUGCUCACUCUCCCAAAAUGUUCUCAAGACGGUGAGCCUGGGCGCGCGCACGGGCAUCGGCGAGUGCCAGCACCAGUUCCGAAUGCACCGCUGGAACUGCUCCACCUUCACCGACUCGCCCCACGUCUUCGGCCACCUCCUCAGGAUCAAGAGCCGCGAGAAGGCCUACGUGUACGGCAUCUCGGCAGCAGGUGUGGCGUACGCGGUGACCCGGGCCUGCAGUCGCGGGGAGCUCACCGAGUGCGGCUGCGACGAGCGGAUUCGACAGCGCCCGAACCGCGGAAGGUGGGAGUGGGGAGGCUGCUCGGAGGACCUGACCUUUGGGGAGAACUUCAGCAAGGAGUUCGUGGAUGCGAGGGAGUCCAGGAACAGCGCCGAGGGCCUCAUGAACCUCCACAACAACGAGGCUGGAAGGAGGGCCAUCAGAUCAGAGAUGGAGAUCCUGUGCAAGUGCCACGGCGUCUCGGGUUCCUGCAGCAUGCGCGUGUGCUGGCGACGCAUGAGGGCCUUCAGGAGCAUUGGGGACUCUCUCCUGCACCGCUUUGAGGGCGCUGUCAUCGUCAGAUACGUGAAUCGAAAGAAGAGGAAGAAACUCCGGCCACUGAGACGCGGUUUCAAGAAGCCGAGCCGUCGUGACCUCGUCUACCUAGAAGAGUCGCCAGACUACUGCAACCGGAAUCAAACGCUAGGCGUCCUGGGCACGGUGGGGCGGCUGUGCAACAAGACCAGCUGGGGCAUGGAUGGCUGCAAGAUCCUGUGCUGCGGCCGAGGAUACCAGACCAUGGUGAAGGACGUCGAGGAAAAGUGCAACUGUCGAUUCAUCUGGUGUUGCAAAGUGGAGUGCGAGAGAUGCCGAGUGAGACGCGAAGAGCAUUAUUGCAACUGAAGGCGAGGGCUCCUUCCCGAUCCGGAAGGCACGAGAGAAGAAGACAGGCGGGCUCUUGGAUGGUAGCUGGUUCCUAGAUGCGAAGAGGAAAUGUACAAAUUUUUUUGUGGAAGAGUGGUAGGGUCUUGUGUCCUUAGCUGUUAACUUUCACACCUAUGAUGAAGCAUGUGUGUCCUCAUAUAGCAGGGGAGAUGAGAACCCUGUGUAAACUGUCCUUUUGGUGUAUUCUUGUAGCUAUAUAAAUACAGUAAAACUAAUCUUGUAUUUUUACAUCAUUACUUUUGCAAUAUUGUGGUGGUUCUAAUGUUUGUGUGAGUUUAAUUUCUGUGUAAUAGGUUUGUUUCUUGUACCUGAUUAUAUGUUUGCUAGAUAGAAGUCUAGGGAACUUAUAGACCAGCGAAUGAUGAUGACCGCUGAGGACAUUGGUUUUGUCUUAAUGCGCAAAACAUGAGGGUAGUAGUACGUGUCUCGCUGCCAAGUCAUGCAUAUUCAGGUUCUGCAUGAAUCUACUUCCUCUGGAUUAGACUCCUCUUAAAUCCUAGAGGAAGAUGUAAUCAGACAAGUUUGGUCUCAGAAUUUAUUCUCAGAAACUGUUGUUUUUUCACUUGUUCGGCAACAUGAAUUUGUAUGAUAAUAUGCAUUUGGCAAAGAUGUGUAUGACUCAUUCAUGAAUAUCUAUGAUGUUUCCAUUGCCAAGUCUCUAGUGUCUCUAUUAAGUGUCUAAGGUUUGGGUAUAAGGAGGUACCUCUAGAAAGUCUUUAUGACAGCAUGUGUUCCCUAUUGGACUAAACACAAAAAUAGUUGUGCUUUAAUUUUUAUUUUGUAGAAACUGGUCAAAGAAUGUGCAUUCCCUUAUUAUAUAUACAUAAGUUAAUGUCCUGUGUGUGUUAGUAUUAACUGAGCGAUAAUAGUAAGGGUACAUUUUAAUAUUUUGUUCGAAGAUUUUUGGUUGGUUCAGUGAAGAUAGGAUUAAAAGCACUGCCAGAAGAGGUUAAAUGUAAGUCAGAUGGAAGGAUAGUAGCACAUUUUGUUGUCUGUUAGAAGAUUAUCAGCAUUUAGCUAAUUAGGCCAGAUAAAGAAGGGAAGUGUCCGUGGAAAGCAGUUUAAUAUGACGUAUGGAUAGAAUUAGCUAUGAUUUUGAAGGACUGUGUUAGAGAUGACUGAGUAUAAACAUAUAAUAGUAAUGGGAGUGCAGGCUUUGUAAAGAAAAAAAUAGCCCAUAACUGGCACCUGGACAGAAGUUUUCCCCUUUAGGGCUGACACCUUAACAUAAACAUUCUAAUAAUUGUAGACAUGUGGUAUAUGCAACAGUUAUUACAUAUGUACAGUGCAACAGCAUAGGAGAGAAGAAAAAUAUUCAUGAAUUGAUUUGAGAGUUAUGAUCGAUUUGUAUACUGUUGGCAUAGUGUCGAGAAACAGACUAAAAAUUAUAUAGAAAUUUAAGACUGCAAAGUUUAAAAACAAAAAACCCUUUGUGACUCGCCAAUGGCCUGUAAGAUUGAGAGAGCUCACCAGAUUAUAGCAAAUGUUUCUCACAGAGCGAUACACGCUAUGACAGCACUGUGCAUUGGUUUUCUCUCGUGAAUGCUGUAGGCGUGAGGAGUUCUGCCGCUAACACAGUCCUUUUCUCCCGGGUAACCGUAGUUUAAGUAGCGGCCAAAAGAGGCAGUGGCUGUUUGGGGAAAAAUGCAACCUUCCUUUAUUUUUUAUAUGAAAACUGCAACAGGGCUCUAAAGAAGAUAUUUUUAAGUGUAUCUUUAGGUACUUUAUGAUGGAAAUUAUUUUAUCUUUGCAUUAUAUAUUACAGUCAGAUAUAUGAUGUGUAUAUAUGUGUAUUGAUUAUGCAACUAAUUUGCAGAUUUGGCUGUUACAUAUAGAGCAAAACUUAUUAUAAACAGAAUUUAAUGCUUCCUCUAAUUCCUAGUAUAAAUCUAUAUAUAUAUGUAACAAAUUGUAGGUGUAAAUAGCUUAAUAAGAAAAAUGAACAUUCCAAUAAUUGUAGUGUAAUACUAAGAAACACACACACACACACACACACACACACACACACACACACACACACACACACACACACACACACACACACACACACACACACACACACACACACACACACACACACACACACACACACACACACACACACACACUCACGCACAAGUAUCUUAUAGACAGUCCAGUAUUAUGACGAUCCUGAAUGUGUUGCCAAAUUAGUAUAAGGUAUCUCCAUGUUCCAAUAUCUGUAUUAUUAAUGACAAUAGAAUGUAAUAUAAAACAGGAAAAUAAGGCAAGGGGAUUUUUCAGUUAUACACAUUAUGUGACUUCUCUACAAGUCAGCCGGUCGUCAUCUCCAUCCACAGUUCCCUCUUCACCAGAAUUCGAUCCAAGUGUUUGAUUGCCUAUGAAAUGGCGUCUGCUUCCCGUCCCUCUGCGCUGAUCAGAUGUGCAAUAGUUGGUAUUCCAGGAACAUUCUUUUCUUGCUGCUUGUCGCAUUUAAGCUUAGUUGCAUGCCACCUUGCACCUAAAUGUUCGUUACCGACACUUGCGUCUGUAAUUGUUAACUACACUUGCACCCUUAGUUUUUCGUUAGGCGCAUUUGCACUUACUGAUAUGUAAUAUGUUGCUUUCAGACUAUUUGCACGAUUAAUUGUUUGUUAAGUAUAUUUGUAUGGGUAGUAUUGCUUGAAAACAUUUGCACAAUUAAACCUUUAUUUUUCUCAAUCACUUGCACACUUGAGCUGCUUGUCAGCACAGCUUGGCCGGUAGUUACUUGUUAGCCACGUCUGCAAUCUCGCUGCUUGUUAGCCAGUCUUGCACCCUGAUAGCACAGCCGAAUCUUUCAGUGCCUGCUUCCUCUUCCUGCACCUUUAGUUGCUUUUUAGCCAUAUUUACACCUAGAAUGGCUUGCCUGCUAAUUUUGCAAAUUUGCCUGCUCAUUAAAUAUAUUUGCACUUUUGUUGGCUUUUAACGGCAGCAACACUUCACUUGCUUCGUAGCCACACUUGCACCAUUGCUUGCUUAUCCACCCGCUUUGUCAAUCAGCAAAUUGAAACCGCUGCUUUCCAGCUGUAUAAUUUAUUAGUUGUUUGUUAGUCACGAUAACACCUCUAGCUUAGCAGUCAUACAAGACACCUUUGCACCCUCGUUUGCCUCUAGCCACUUGCAUCUUCAGCUGCCUGUUGUCAUAUUUGCAAUUACUCUCGCCUGUUAACUGCACUCAUUAACUUGUACUGUUCUGGAAUAUUUUAGUAUUAAUUAAAGUAAUUUACCAUGGCAAUUAACAACUAAUUAUUGCUCGAAAGUUUGAUUUCUAAUUCAACAAAUUGUCGAGGCUCUCCCAUAUCUUGCACAAAUAAUUUUUGUGUUAGAAGAGUGAGGAAUGUAAUCCAUAUAUAUUACCAGUUUUGCUGGUAAUAUAUAUUAUCAACUUGGAUGAAAAAAAAGUAAGGUAUACAGGUGAUAUAUGUUUCAUGCAGUCGUUUUAAGGUUUAAAAACGAUAAGAAUUCAAUAUCCAAAAUAAUGUUAAUUGCUUCUUAUAAUGUUUAAGUGAUUUCACAAAACGAAAAUGAAAUACUGUGUUAUGAUAUCGACGCAAUUGAGAAUUUCCUGUAUAGGGGUGUUAUUUCACUUCGGUCUUAACGAGAGAUAUCCAGCGCCACACACCUUCAAACUGACACUGUCUAACAAACCCGAAGAUCUUUGUUUAUCUAGAGUUCCGGUAAUAAAACCAAGAGCAAGGUCGUGGGGCAACGCUCCCUGUGCCCUGUGUGUUCUGCCUGAAUUAUUGUUCAGUUUUCUGUGAACAAUGAUUUGGAUAAUUUAAUUUACAAGAAUUCUAGAUAUUAUAAACAUUCUAUAAUUCA